AUGUUGGCGCCGACCUCGUUUGUUGCUAUUGCAAUUCUUGCAACUUUAUCUCCAGCGCAAGCAUGUCUUCGCCUGUAUGGCCGGGUGGCUGUUAAUGACUACGGUUACCUCACUGUGGUGGAUAAUGGCAUUCAAACUUGCGUUGGACAAGUGAAGUCUGGUGACAAAAACCUGGGCUGUAUUAAUGGGUACUCGUUAAACUAUGACUAUACUGAUAGUCCUAUGGGUGGGCCUUUUCCUAUUACUUAUUGCAACCACGGUACUUGCUAUAGCAUUAAAAUCCCUCUUGAUUACCAUCAGCCCGGCCAGUAUAGGUUUGACUACACUACGUUCUGCUGA